UGGAACCACAUUUUAAAAUGUUGCCCAUUCUGAAAGGAUACUUAGCAUCAUUGUAAAGCACUCUGCCGAAUGAAAUACAGAAAUGUUACUAAUAGUAGAUAUGGUAAUAGCAAAUGGCACAACAAUUGACCAAGAUACCGGUAUUGUUUUCUAGAUUAUCUCUCUUUCUCUCUCCUUUCCCCUCUCUCUCCUCUCCCAUCCCCCCAAUUUUUCCACUAAUCUAGGUGAAGACAUUGAUGAAAUAGAUCAGAACAGAGCGAAAAUGUUUUGUUUCAGCGAUUAUACUGGGUGUUUAACAUGUAUUGCUCCCGUUGUGUUGCUACCAUUAUUUGAGUAAUGGCUGAGAGGUUUUUUUUUUAACUGCCUGCAGAAAUGCAAUGCAGUUUGGAGGAUGAGCGAAAGCUCUGUAAAAGAACAGCCACGCUGCCUUUUUCCAGUGGGUUUUUUGGAGAGCCCGACAACUUCUCAAUGUACAACAACAACCGAGUGAAAAGAAGACCAUCCCCCUAUGAAGUAGAGCUCUCAGAUGGGUUGAACUGGUCGCCUGGGUUGGCAUCGGGAAGGAAAUUUCCCCCACGGCACAAUGGCAGACACCGAGGCUUUUUCACCUUCCUCUGGAGCAUUGAGCAAGAUCAUCUGUUAGGAUCAGGUCCUCAUACAAAGGUUGUCCGUCGGAUAUUUACAAAUAGUCGCGAGCGGUGGAGGCAACAGAAUGUCAAUGGGGCUUUUGCUGAGCUUCGCAAGCUCAUCCCGACUCAUCCACCUGACAAGAAACUCAGCAAAAAUGAAAUUUUGCGCCUGGCUAUGAAAUACAUCAACUUUUUGGCCAAGCUACUCAACGAUCAGGAAGAAGAAGGGAACCAGAGGGGGAAAGUCAACAAGGACACUGGCAUUGUGCAAGAAGACCUUCUUCAGGACAUGUUGUCCCCAAAUUCAAGCUGUGGAAGCUCAUUAGAUGGAGCUGGAAGCCCAGACAGUUUCACAGAAGAGCACGAGACACUAGAUCCUAAGCACACAAGAGCUCUCCACCAUUCUAUUCUUCCCAUUGAAAGCAAUGCACAGCGAUGAUGAACCUACAACAAGGCAUAGACAAGCCCUUGAAAUAACCUGGUCUUUGGAGUUUAUGCAUGUCCUUCUCUUCCUCCUUGUAAUCUAAAGAAAGAAAUGGGCGCUUUGUGAGUUUUCUGUUCAACCUGGACAAGUGGAAAAGGGAUAAGGAUGAACAGCAGAGUCAAAGACAAUUGGAUUAAAUCAAAAGCAUCUUUAGUUCUUUGGCCACUGAUGAAGCAUAAGCCUGGAAAAAUUGCUUUGUUAUUGGUAUGUCUCUGCAAGGUUUAACACUGAGGGGCUGAAAUGUACAGGCUGCUCCUCUUUCCUGCACAGGUUUACAAAGGACUGAACUUAUUCUUCCUAUGUGCAGAUCACACAUUCAUCUGCAUUUAUGUUGCCCUGCCUCUCUUCCAGCAUCCACACCCAAACAUCUUCCAUCGUGUGCCUUCCAUUCCUAGCAAUGGAAGACCUUAAAAACCCUGUAUGAUGUAUGACCAUUUUUCUCCAGCUUACUUCGAGGAAAUUUAUGCAACUUCUUGUCUGCCUUCACCCAAGAGCUUUGCCUUUUUUUUUAAAGGAAGAGAAGAAAUCUUAACUUCUUGUGAAGGAAUGGUUGACUUCGUGUUGUGGGUCUGUUUGCUUUGGCUUUUUAAAUCUAGCACAGCUUUGGAUUGUUUGAGGUCUUGUAUCUAUGAUGUGGAAUUCUUUUUGUUUAAUUCCAACAUACAGUAUCUGCUGAAUUAAAAAGGUACACCGGUGGGGAUUUGUUUCCCAGCUUCUGACAUCUCAUCACAGUGAUGUUCUGACCUGGGUGAGCAACAGUAUUUCCUUGGACUUGUUUUCUUAGCCCCUCCUGCUUUAUUUUUCCUGAAACUAGUGUGAUGAGAAAUUGUGUGUGUGUGUGUUUGUGUGUAUUUAUAUAUAAAACUAAUACAAACAAUGUUUCAGUAAUGCACUUUGACUUGCUCAGAAUUACUUCUGUAAAUGUUAUGAACAGAGCUCAGAUAAGUUGCCUUUUUGGACUACAAUACCUAGGAUUCCUAGCUGGGGCAGUGCUAAGGGUUGUAGUCCAAAAAAGCAAUGUUACCAAGCUCUGGUCAUGGGACUCAAUCCACAAGGAAAUUCUCCUGCACAAGAUCCAUGAAGAUUCAUGAAGUUGAAUAGAAGUUGUGCAACAGCUUGUCUAUGUUCAUUACAGGUACCAUUGGUCAGUCAAGCUUGGCCCUUGCUAAGACCCAAACA